CGUAAGAGGAGAGGAAAUGAAAGUGUGAAAUAUUAAGGGUGUGAAAGGAGUAGUUUUCAGUCAGCGUCUGUACGCUCUGUUCAUGCUUAUGUACAAUGAAGCCGAUUGUCUGUCUGCCUUUCUUUGCGGUGGUACUCCUGAUUUGUUUAAGUGAAGUAACAAGUAAACGGUCUACAAACUGCUGUUUGAAGACAAGCAACAACAAAGUACAUAUACACAGAGUGAAGGAUUAUAGGAUCCAGACAGCAGGAACUUGCCCAAUCGAUGCCUUUGUCUUGUUGACAAUCAAGGACAGAGAAAUAUGUUGCGAUCCAGACUCUGACUGGAUCAAAAAAGUUAAAACGUUUGUGGAUCAAAGAAAAUCGAUAGCAAAACCAAACUCUGAUUCAACAGCUGAGCCAAAUGCUAGAGGUGGAAAAAAGAAGAAAAAGGGAGGCAAAAGACAUCGACAAAAGAAGCAAAAAAGACCUAAAUAAGUUAAGGCCUUGAUAGAAAUGUUUGGUUUGUGGAGACAUUUAUAACAUAUGAGAUUUUUCUUUGGUUUAUCCUGAAUGUUGCUCUCUCUCUCUCUCUCUCUCUCUCUCUCUCUGAAAUUAAUAUAUUUUGUUUUUAAAAUUGUCCAUGUUUAUAAAGAAUUUGGUGUUUUAUAUGAUUUUUUGAAGUAUUGUACAUGUAUAAAGUUAUUAUGUUUCAUUUGUGAAGAUUUAAUUUCGAAACGAUAUUUCACAACAUAUAAAUGAAGGAAUCAAGCACUUUAUGUAAUUUCUAGUUAUAAGCUUUUGUAUGUACGUUGAAAAAUAAAAAUAAAGGAAGCAAACCAGCA